GGGGAUCAAUUUCACUGCCUGUCAACACAUUGGCAAGCGUAGGCCUACUUUCAUUUAAAACGUUUAGUGUAUUCCUAUUAUUGGGGAAAUUAAUACAAGUGUAUAGGACAUGCAUAUGAUGUGUAGCAAUUUUAACAAGCAACGUCCUCGCUGUGGUACAGACAUGGUGGAUACCCAGCUCCUCGCAUGGCCAAUGGGCAUCAGUCUGACCCCUGUACACCUGGAGGAGCUUGAUGACAGUUCUCACUCUCUGGAUAUGAAACCAUUCACCACCCUGGACUACACUAGCCUGGACUACGAACACGGACCCACCAUCUCCAGCUACAGACCCACCCAGGUCCACCACUACCAAGCAAGCCACAGUCCCAGACCCACCCAGGCCCACCACUACCAAGACAGCCACAGCCCCAGACCCAUCCAGGCCCACCACUACCAAGCCAGCAACAGUCCCAGACCCACCCAGGCCCACCACUACCAAGCCAGCUACAGCCCCAGUCACCUCAGCCCUAGACCUGGCCAGGGUUACCAGCCCUGCCCCAGCCCUGGCUCCAGCCCUGCCCUGGGACACCACCUUGCAUACAUGGACCACAUGUACAACCACAGCCAGGUUCAGGAGGGACACGGUGAGACCUGUUGUAUAAAACUGGAGCCAGAGUCUCCUCCCCAGCACUCAGACAGCAGUCCUCUCUACUCCAAGCUACAGGACGACACCACCGCUUCCCUACUCAACAUAGAGUGUCGAGUCUGUGGAGACAAAGCUUCUGGCUUCCACUACGGAGUCCAUGCCUGUGAAGGCUGCAAGGGGUUCUUCCGUCGGACCAUCCGGUUGAAGCUGGUUUAUGACCACUGUGACCUGCACUGUCGCAUCCACAAGAAGAGCCGCAACAAGUGUCAGUACUGUCGCUUUCAGAAGUGCCUGGUGGUGGGCAUGUCUCACAAUGCCAUUCGUUUUGGACGGAUGCCCCAGGCUGAGAAGGAGAAGCUCCUAGCUGAGUUCUCUACUGACAUGGACAUCAUGCACCCUGAGGCUGCCGACCUGAGGAGCCUGGCCAAGCUGCUGCUGGAGUCCUAUCUCAAAUACUUCCCCCUCACUAAGGCCAAGGCCAGGGCCAUCCUGUCUGGAAAGACUGGGGAUAACGCGCCGUUUGUAAUCCAUGACAUGAAGUCUCUUCAGGAAGGAGAGAGGUUUAUCAACUGCAGGCAGAUGCCCCUCCAUGUUGUCCAGGAGACCAGGACUGAGGCGGGGACUGAGGCUGGGACUGGAGCUGGCUGUGGUCUAGGUGGAUGUCUGGCAGUGAGUGAAGGUCUGGCUGUAGGUGGAGGUGUUGGUCUGGUCCAAGAGCCCACUGACGAGGUGCAGCUCAGGUUCUUCUACAGCUGUCAGUCGCGCUCCGCCGAGGCCGUCCGAGAGGUCACAGAGUUCGCUAAGAGCAUCCCUGGCUUCGUGGGAUUGGACCUGAACGAUCAGGUGACUCUGCUGAAGUACGGCGUCAUCGAGGUGCUCAUCAUCAUGUGGGCUCCACUCAUGAACAAAGAUGGUACACUGAUCUCCUAUGGACAGAUCUUCAUGACGAGAGAGUUCCUAAAGAGCCUGAGGAAACCCUUCUGUGAUAUGAUGGAACCCAAGUUUGAGUUCUCUGUUAAGUUCAACACCCUGGAGCUGUAUGACAGUGAUAUGGCACUCUUCCUCGCCGUCAUCAUCCUCAGUGGAGAUCGUCCAGGCCUGCUGAAUGUGAAGCCCAUUGAGGAGCUACAGGAAACAGUCCUCCACUCUCUGGAGCUCCAACUGAAACUCAACCACCCAGACUCCCUGCAGCUCUUCGCCAAGGUUCUGCAGAAGAUGACAGACCUGAGGCAGAUAGUAACAGACCAUGUGCACCUAAUCCAGCUACUGAAGAAGACUGAAGUGGACAUGUGUCUCCACCCACUGCUGCAGGAGAUAAUGAGAGACCUCUACUAGUAGGGUCAAUAUGAAAUGGCACCCUAUUCCCUAUAUAGUGCACUACUUUUGCGCACUAUAUGAAAUAGUUUUUCAUCCAAGGUAACGGAAAGACACCGGUUGAAAACCGCAUAUGGAUGUGUUAGUCCUAUUGAUGCCACUGAUGAGGCAUAUUGGGGCAGCAGGUAGCCUAGUGGUUAGAUCAUUGGGCCAGUAACCGAAAGGUUGGUGGAUCGAAUCCCUAAGCUGCCAAGGUAAAAAUAUGUUGUUCUGCCCCCGAACAAGGCAGUUAACCUUUGUAAAUAAAAAUGUGUUCUUAAACUGACUUGCUUAGUUAAAUAAAGGCAAAAUAAUAAAUAUUGGAAUACUAUAUUAGGGACCUGGCAGAAUGAGAUGUUGACCUGUCUGAUGUUAUAGAUUCUAAAUGGUCCUAUUGGCGCUGUUGAAAAGGAAAAAAAACACUGAUUAUUAUGAGCCAUAUACUGCAUAUCACCACCACCAAAUAAUAUAUGUUGACAGGUGAUAGAUUCUGUUCUUCACAAAUUAAUAUACGUUAUGUAUUUAGGUUCAUUAGAGUUUAUAAACAAACACAAACAAUCUAUAAUAUCAAGAUGCAACUGUCUUAAAGAUUUAUCCCCAUAGGACCAGAUAGGCUGCACUAGGUAACAGGUCCACCUGUCAGAUCUGAUCUCAGUUGACUCACCUGCAACAUAGAGAGUGGUUUCUAUAGUGCUUCUAUGGGGUUUCUAUAAGGCUUCUAUGGCGUUUCUAUAGUGUUUCUAUGGGGUUUAUAUAGGGUUUCUUGUGCUUCUGUAGGGUUUCUAUAGGUUUUCUAGUGCGUCUAUAGGGUUUCUAUGGUGCUUCUAUAGGGUUUCUAUAGGGUUUCUAUGGUGCUACUAUAGUGCUUCUAUAGGGUUUCUAGUGCUACUAUAGUGCUUCUAUAGGGUUGCUAUGGUGCUUCUAUAGGGUUGCUAUGGUGCUUCUAUAGGGUUUCUAUGGUGCUUCUAUAGGGUUUCUAGUGCUACUAUAGUGCUUCUAUAGGGUUUCUAGUGCUACUAUAGUGCUUCUAUAGGGUUUCUAGUGCUACUAUAGUGCUUCUAUAGCGUUUAUAUAGGGUUUCUAGUGCUACUAUAGUGCUUCUAUGGGGUUUCUAGUGCUACUAUAGUGCUUCUAUAGGGUUUCUAUGGUGCUUUUAUAGGGAUUCUAGUGCUUCUAUGGGGUUUCUAUAACGUUUCUAGUGCUUCUAGAGGGUUUCUAUAGUGCUUCUAUAGGGUUUCUAUUGUGUGUGAGCUCAUUAUGUAAGAAAUAUACUACAUUGUGCUUCAUAUUAUAUUUUGAAUAAUUUGCCAGCUGUAAUUUGUAUGUUGGAUACAAUGAAUGUGUGAAAUAAAAGCCAUAUAAAUAAAUACAUAUUUUUGUACAUGUGUAGAUGGAUAAAUAAAAUGUAAAAUCUCAGAGUAUAACACCUUAGUUUAACAUGCUGUACUUGUUGUAUUUCAAAUACAGUAUUUUUCAGAUUUUUAUGUUGCUGUUAUUUGUAUUAUUUUUUUGUUGUUGAAACAGACAUUUUUAUUUUCCAAGUGCAAAUGGCUGGUUUUUGCAUUUAAAAAAACAGUUUGUAGACUCUUAACUUGUCAAAAUAUGUAAAUAAAUAUUUUCUAUUUGUCUCUA